GACAUCAAUAUGGCGGCAGCUGCACCCAACUCUAUUCUUUUCUACUAAUACUACACGGAACACGAUAAGUUUAUUUUCAUUUUUAUCUUGUAUCUCAGCAUGUCUGGGAGACUUGUGGAAGUGGAUAUUACAGAAUCACCUUUGUCAAGAGCCCAUACUCAUUAUUUCCUUUACGUGAUGUACAGUUUUACGCAUUAAAAUAAUAUUUUACUGGAGAAAUCCAAAACACCUUCAAACAGGCUCUCUUUUGAACAUGAGCACCACCUUUCAGUAUACAAAUCUGCAUCGUUUAGGGGUAAAAUUCAACUGUAGAGUCCCAAUAUCAAAUGUAUCUAAAAUUUGAUUCUCUGCUUGCAAUCUAGUACAAUGUGUAGCUACCAACAUAUACUGAAUUAUGUCACGUUUAACUAUGUAGUUUUAAUAUCCACAAUAUUUAAUAUAUCUGGGUGGGUCUCAGUAAUUAUCACGUUUUCGUUUUCGAAGAAGCAAUGACGCACGUCCCAGGAUACAUGUCGUUUUUGGCCGUAGUUAGGUGACCAUAGUACUGCCUAUUUUUGAUUGCGCGUUAGUUCUUUGGAAACUCUCCAAAAUAAAAAAGCGUUUACAAAUAUCAUAUAUUGCUUUAUGCCGCGAAAUACGUUUUUAUACUAAAGAUUCGAAGUGGUUAAUAAGGCGGGGUUCUGGUUAUGAGGCACUUGCGUCAUGAAGGACCCAAGCCUGGUACCGAUUUCAAAUUUUCAAAACAAGUCAGGCAGCUGUUUAUUGAGAGUAUGAACGGUGUCUUGCUUUUUCUUUCCAUUCAAAUCCAGCUUAAACAGUAUAUGUGGAUGACGAUCGGCUUUUGUCAUUGUUUACUCUUUAGAACAGGGAUUUAUCGUGCAGUUAAUCAGAAAUAAACUCAGUUCGUUUUUACGUUUCUGACGUUGGUUGGCUAGCGAUAUGGAGGGAGAAGAAAAGGCUGACGAUGGUUAUCCACCCUGCUCCAUCAGCACACUGCCUGUCUCUAAGCCCCCUUCCAUCGAAGAUUUCGUUGUGAUUAAGCCGAUCAGCCGAGGUGCUUUUGGAAAAGUGUAUCUAGCGAGGAAAAAGGGCAACUCAACAUUAUAUGCCAUCAAGGUAGUGAAGAAGGCGGAUAUGGUGGACAAAAACAUGACUGACCAAAUGAAGGCAGAGAGGGACGCCCUUGCUCUCAGCAAAAGUCCGUUUAUAGUGCACCUGUUUUACUCUCUUCAAACGACUGCUAAAGUCUACCUGGUGAUGGAGUACCUCAUCGGUGGUGAUCUCAAGUCUCUUCUUCACAUCUAUGGCUAUUUUGAUGAAGACAUGUCAGUGAAGUACAUCUCGGAGGUGGCUCUUGCUUUGGAUUAUCUUCACAGGCAUAAAAUCAUCCACAGAGACUUGAAACCAGACAACAUGCUUGUGUCCAACGAGGGACAUAUCAAGCUUACGGACUUCGGCCUCUCCAAAGUCAAGCUUGAUAGAGAGCUGAGACCGGCAGACAUCCUGACGACACCUUCAUUAGUGAAGCCCAAGAAAGUUUAUUCCCGUACUCCCGGUCAAGUCUACUCCCUGAUUAGCUCCCUUGGCCUUAACACACCAGGGAUGGAGGCCAAUUGUCACAGAACCUCAUUGGCCAUGUCCAGCCCCAUGUCUUGUGGUAAGACACAGCAGUUCAGGAGGUCUUUCUGCUCACCUCUGUUGAAGAAAGAGCCUCUGGACUCCCCAGCUUGCUCAGCCCGGGCAUUACAAGGCUCCCGUGUGUUUAGUCCUGCCAUUCUGGCUAAGAGUCUGACUCCACGGCUUCUAAAGUCCAGGAAGCGGUUUGGGACGUCGAGUGCCAGCAGUCAAUCCUGCCUCUUCCCAUCCACCACGGAUUCGGAGGCCUGUGUCAGCCCACUGUGGGAGAAUGAGCAGGAAAUCAAGGAUGUGGAGAACCUGCUGGAGAGUGAUGUAUUUGACAAAGGUGGCAGACCGGCGAUCAUGUCCAGUUUGCUGGGAAGGAGGAUGGCCAGUGACCUUCGCAGGCCGGGUCGAGAUCCAGCCCUCUGUGCUCUGGACAACAUUGACAUGAAUUUGUGUCAGAGGGGACAGCCGGUGCCUGGGUCUCCAAAACCGAAAAUCAGUGCCAAGCUGGAGCCUUUGGUGUCAAGGAAGCUGUCGUCAUUAGUUAAACUGGUAGACGAGAUAGCUCCUCCCACAACCAGGGAAAAAGGAAUGCUGGGAGUCCUGGAGAAAGCCGUGGGCAAAGUGUCCAUGAAAAGAGGGUUUGACCACGUGGAAAAGAGUCCUGAUCAGUAUGAGGCACAAGCUAAGAAGAGCGACUCCUUAUACAAGCGCUGUUGUCAGAUCCCGAAGAGCAGCAGCUCCAGCACCGGCCUGACAGCGGUGUUUGCCACCGUUCAAGUCAGCGCGUCUCCGGGGGAUGUGGAGUCGAAGCAGUCCGGUCCAGCUUUCGUGGCGAAGAACCUGUUGCAUGAGCUGGAUGGGCCAUGUGAGGGUGGUGGUUGCAGCACCGGUAGUGAAGUGACUGUGGACUCCAGUUUUACAUUCAUCAAGAAUAACUAUGAGGACAUGGGUCCAAUAAGGAAUCUGAGCCUAGACUCUGAUGACUCCCUACAGGACAUGUCCAUAGUCGCUGAUAACACGCAAGUCCCGGAGCUGGAUGGCGCGAAGGACUGUCAGUUGUCUGAGCAGGCCGAGGAGAAGGAUAUCUCUCUGAGUUUGCAGGACUGCUGCUCCUCAUCUGGAGUGGUGACCCCCAGGCAGCAUAGAGAAGAGCGGUCCAAGCAUCUCCUGCCUGUGGAGUCCAGCAGCUCUUCACCAUUCCUCAAACCCCGGAAUGUGGUGGCCUUCAGGAGCUACUGCAGCGCCAUCGACCGGUCCAACGCAUCGGGCUGCUCGCGUCGGAGCAUGGGCUCUGUCGACAUGAUGGACGUCUCCAGUUCCGCCUCCUUCUAUAGCUUCCCUGCGGCGGUAACUCCGGUACAAAAGAGACGGGGCCCCAGUUCCCGUAGCUCGCCGUACCAGACACCACAGCAGACGACCAGCCACACCCCUUUUAGGACCCCAAAGAGUGUCCGCAGAGGGCCUGAACCUGUAGAGGGAGGCCCGCUACUAGGGACCCCUGACUAUCUGGCCCCGGAGCUGCUUUUGGGAAAACCUCAUGACUUCAUGGUGGACUGGUGGGCCCUAGGAGUGUGUCUGUUCGAGUUCCUUACCGGGGUGCCCCCAUUCAAUGACGAAACUCCACAGCUGGUGUUCCAGAACAUUCUUAAGAGGGACAUUCCCUGGCCGGAUGGUGAUGAGGCGCUGUCACAGAACGCGAGGAGCGCCAUCGAGAGUCUCCUGACGACAGACGUCACCGAACGGGCCGGUCUUAAAGAGCUGAAACAGCACACACUGUUUAAAGGCCUGGACUGGGACAGCCUGCAGAACCAGCCCAUGCCGUUUAUCCCUCAGCCGGACGACGAAACGGACACCUCUUACUUCGAGGUAAAAGGCAGAAGAUUACCAGGUGGUUCAAGGAAAUUUUAUUCAUGCUUCAGGCCGCACUAAUCUCAUGCUAGCCGCCCCUUUCUGAAGGUAGAGAGAAGGAGGGAGGGAGAUGUAGUUCAUUUCAACAGAAACGUACUACUAGUAUCACUGAAAGGGAGGCUUUAAAUCAAUCCACGGUCAAUGCAAAUCUUAUAUUACACAAGUAUAAAUGCUCAUACUCUAAGUCAACAGUAAAGUGCAAUGAAAAUAUUGCACCUUGUUUUAGAAUCAACUGUACAGCUAUUAACAGUAAUUAACGCUAAAAGAAAUUAUGUUUUAAAUCUAAAACAGUAUUAAAGACACUGCAGAAUCGUAUUGCCCGUUCAAUCUGCCACAGCCGUUUUACCCACUGCUGGUUUUUUUGGGGAUUUUACAAGUUAGUACUUAAGAAAUGGACUUUAACUGAAAAGUACUGGGAGAACAAAAACUACAUACUGUCAACUACCUCAUAAACCUCCCCCAUAUCCUGCCCCAGAUUCAUCACAUCUUAGCAGAAAUCAGUCCAGUAGUACAUCUGCUAUUAGGAUGACAGCGAUUAUCCAGAUGUCACCCAAAACAAACUGGUUUAAAGAACGAUUCAAAAACCAUUCAGCCUGAAACCAAAGACUGACCAUGGAGGUCCUCUCACAUCCCCCUCCACAUAGACAUUUCCCCAUUUUAAUUCCCUCCAGCCCACAGAACCUCCUUCCCACCCAUAAUAAAUAGACGCCGAUCGGAUCAAAUGUACCAGCCCCACUCCGCAUUUAACUGCAGAAAUGUUGGUACGUUAGCAGCAAUGUCUGCGAAACUUCAAUAAAAUGCUGCAUUUUGUUCCCAGUGCGGCUCGUACCCAUGAGCUUACAGCAGCUGCUGUUGGACCAUAAUGCCCUUUUAACCUGAGGCUGACGGUGGUUUUUUUUUAAAUCCCAUUUU